GAUAACAGAAAGGAACUAUUAUAGAAAUUAAGAUACUCACAAGAACCAGCGUCUUGCAUUGCGAAAAAAAUGACGACUGACGUGAAAUCUCCGGUGUCGAUGAUCGACCCAUCCCAAUUGUUGCGUCCUGAGCCCACGUUCAACGACAAACCCAUUAACGCGUUCCGUGACUACAGUGUUGAUGACAAGGACCCUAUCAAGGAGCGCGUGCGCAGAACUUACUAUGACAUGCACACCAAUGUCACCGUCGACUUUGUCAAGCAAAAACGCGAAAAGUGGUUAAAGUUCAACCACUUCAAAGCCACGAUCAAGGAAGCACUGAUCAAAUUGAACGAGCUGGUGGAUGAGUCCGACCCCGACACUGAUCUUCCCAACAUCGUGCACGCCUUCCAGACCGCCGAGAGGAUCCGAGAAGACCACCCUAACGAUGACUGGUUCCAACUCACCGGACUCAUUCAUGAUUUGGGCAAGGUGAUGGCAUUCUACAACGAGCCGCAAUGGUGUGUAGUAGGAGAUACUUUCCCAACCACAGCCAUAUCUAUCAAUAAACGCUUUUAUGAUUUAUUUUUAUUUAGCACUAAAUACGGAAUGUACGAGCCUCACUGCGGUUUGGACAAUGUCCUCAUGUCUUGGGGCCACGAUGAGUAUCUGUACCAAUUUCUGCUGCACAACAAAGCCAAGAUCCCAGAGAAAGGACUUUACAUGAUAAGGUAUCACUCUUGCUACCCCUGGCACGCGGGAGGCGAUUACCGUCACCUCACUAACGAGAAGGACGAGCAAAUCCUCAAAUGGGUGCUUGAAUUCAACAAAUAUGACCUGUACACAAAGAGCGAAAAGGUACCGGACAUAGAAGCGUUGUGGCCGUACUACGAGAAACUGAUCGACAAAUACAUCCCAGGAGUCUGCGACUUUUAAACGGGCCCGCGGCCUCACCUAACAGCGAUAAAAAAUCCAACAAAUUUUACUUUUUUAUUGUGUUGUGAUGGCAAAUGAAGUCAGUUAGACAGCUUUAAAAACAUACUACUUAUAUUAAUGUUUUGUGAAACUGAAGGCUUUUGAUAACAUUUUGUACAAUUUUAGAAUAGUUUAUUCAUGUAUUUAUUUACUGAAUCUGGAAUGUUCUUGAUAAGAUGAACAUUGAACAAGUAAGUAUUGUUAAAAAUUUUAAUAUAUUAAAUUAUAACUAAUACAAGUUUAAUAUCAAAUAAUUACCAACUAUAGAAUAUGUAAAUAAUUAUCGACGACUACCAUUGCUUAUUUGUAAAUUACUCAUUAACCUGUAAUGAAAAAUGAUGUAUUAUUAUUUAUAAAAUCUAUUGCAAAUUAACACUCUCUUAAUAGAAUUGUUAUUGAUAUUAGAAAA